UACUGUGUGAACGACCGUGCUAAAAUCACAGGGCUUUACAAAAAACAAUUAAAUAAAAAGGUUACUUCGCUGUUUCUUCUUCUCUUCAGCAUAUUUAGGAUGGAGUUCCCGGUGGAUAUAUUGGCCACUAUGGAUCCAGGAUCCCUGGAGCAGACAGCGAAAAGCUACAUGUCUAAACUUUUGUACAGAAAUUCAGAAAUUCAUGAGUACCUCAACAUACCUGGAUCUAAGAAAAUAGAGAUUGGCCUCUGUAAUGUGAGUUUUGUUCCCCUUUAUGGAGUUGACAUUAAACAAAAGAUCCUUGCACUAUUUUCACCUGAAGAAACUCUUAAAGCUGUUGGACUCUACCUACUGGAUCAGUGGUGGUCAGCUGAAGAUAUUCUUAAAACAGCAGACUCCUCACGAACAGGACUGAUCAAGGUAAGGACUCCUGGAGAGAGGAUAGUUCUGUAUGUCCUUAACAGAAUUAUAUACAGAACAAAAGAGAUGGUCGGGGACGAUGUACCUUUUCCUUGUCAUGGAGAAGAUGAAAUUGCCAAAAUCCUCUGGAAAAAUGGCGAGGCCAUUGGCUUUUAUUCAGUCAAACCUGAAGGGAGCUUGUGCAAAACAUUCUUGACCCAUCGUUAUCAGAUUCCUGUCAUGGAUACCAUAUUCAUCCGGAAAGAUUACCGUGGACAUGGACAUGGUCUACAAAUGCUGGAGGACUUUAUUGUCAGCUUCAGACAAGAAAUCAUGGGUUUGUCAUAUCCACUUUCUCCAGCCAUGUUCAAAGUUUGUAAAAAGUAUAUGAGUCUUUAUCCAGAUGACACAGAGCUGCUGUGGGAAAUAGUGGGUGUUGGCAGCCCUUUUCAGAGAAUCCAAAUAGCCAGAAAAUUACAAGCAAUGGACCUAAAUGAAAAUCACCAAGUCGAGGGGGAAUUGAAUUUUGAAGAUACAGAAGAUAGUGAUAUCCCAAAGGAAGCUGGGAUAACACAAGUACAGGAGACAAUGGAGUUCAUGGAGGUUGUAGAGGAGGUUGUCAAGAUUAAAAUAACAAAAGAAUUACAGGACACAACAGUUAUAACACUUGGCAGAAGCAGCAAUCUGAAGCGUAAAAAACUUGAAGCAGACACAGAAGAGACAAAUGAAAAAAUCAUCAGGGUAGAAGACACUGAGUCUGAUAUACAGUGUGCAGAAAAUGACCCAGUGCAGGAGGAUGGCAAAAUUUCUUUCCAUUUAAAAGAGUCUGAACUCAAGGACACAAUGGAGACAGUGACACAUGAUUCUGGCUACCCCAAAUCAGAUAAUACUCAUCUUCACUGUGAAGAGCAAAACAAAAUGAUCCCUGAUACUACCCAAAUGUCAGAAACAGAAAACAAACAAGUGCCUGAAAUGACUCCUGUUAUGGAAAUCCAAAGCCUAAAGUGCAGUGAUCUCCAACCUAUAGAAUGUCAGCAGGUAGUAGAGGUGGAGAUUGUUAAUAUGUCAUUAGAAACUGAUGAGUUAAAAGAAAAAGCUGGAGAGGUAAACGAAAGUAAAAAUGACAUUGAUAAAGAGAUACUAUUACAUGGGAGAGAAACCUCUGAAGGAAUAGUAGAAGUCAAGAAAGACCAAACAGAUAUGGCAGAAACUAUCAACAAUGAAGAUAUAGAAGAUGAAGUAGAGAUGGGGAAAAUAUCAGUGGGUAAACAUAUUGUUGAUGACAGAGAAGAAAUAGAGAAUGAUAUAGCUGGCACUCUGGAGGUGACUUUUUUAGGAAAAGAGCAAACUCAGCAGGUGAAAGAAAAGGACAAGGUUGAAGAGACUGGCCUAGAGGGCUUACAUGAAAGAGAGCAGGUACCUGAAGACCAAGAACCAAGUCCUAAUAACAAGGAGGAGAAAGUCAGUAUGAUGAUUCAACAAGAGGAAAAUGUAAACAUGGCUUUCAGUUUAGGCUCAAAAUGGAAACAUGCUGACAAACGUAGAUCAAACUACGAAACUCCAUCAAAGCCCCCUAGAAGACUCAAAGAUCAGACUGCAGGAAGUGAACUGACAAAAAGCACCCUCCGAAGUUCUUCUAAGAAAACAAUUAUAGCCACUUCCAAACAAGUGUGUACUAGACAAUCCAAAUUUAUAAAGCAACCAGAGUUACUCAAACAUAUAGAAGAAGAGCCUAAAUUAAAAAGAUUAAAGCAGAUAGAAUCUCAGCCAGAAAAAGAGCAAAUAGAAAAUCUGACUGCAGCUCAUAUGGAGAAUGAAGAAGGAUUAAAUAUCAAAAAGGAUUGUUUAAAUCAACCAAAAACUGAUGAUCAAACCCCCAUGGAAGUGGACAACAAUUCCACUUUAGAUGUUAACAAUGCCAAAGCCUCUGAACCAUCUGCUGUAAAACACCUAGAAGAUCAGGAAGAGGAACCAGCCUCAACAGAGGGUGACAGCGACACAGAUGCAAUUUUAAAAUGGCAAAUAGCAGCCGAAACUCUUGUUGAAUCCACAGAAAAACAGAAAGUCAUAGAAAUGACAGACAAUGAAAUAAUUGUGGUUGAGGAAAAAAAUAAAGAUAGCAAUAUUGAAGAAAGAGAAAUAAGAUAUGACAAGAUUGGGGGAAAUUUUAUGCGAAAGGUGGAAGACAAAGUUCCAGAUGAAAACAAGAUUGACGAGGCUCAAGAGGAGGAACCUAAAAAAAUUCAAAAUGAGGAACCAGAAAUCAAUAACAUUGAGUCAAGUCUUGAUUAUGCAGUUGAGACUAUCAAGGAUGUUGAGAAAAUGCCGGUAUUUGAUGUUAAUUAUACUGAAGCUGUCAGAGUUGCUGAAAUAGAGGUUGAAGGAAAAUCUCCAGAACCAUUUGAGUCUGUUAAAGAGCAAGAGGAGGAACAAGCCUCAGAAACAGGGCCAGCAGAGGAAGUUAACAGAACUGAAGAAGCCAGAACUCAGAAACAGCAAAAUGUUGCUGCUAUGCUUUUAAAUUUUAACAAAUUCCCUGUCAGACAUGAAAAUAAUGUCAGUGAAAUGAAUAAGGGAAUCUCACAGCCCCAGGAGGAGGUGGUUCAGGACAAGUCAGAAAGUUCUUAUAACAGAAAUAAGGACAAUGGAGGAUUAAGCCAGACAAAAUGUGAAGUUGAACCUUUUACAAAAGAGCAAAAUUUAGAAAUGACAGAGGAUGACACGAUGGAGAUUGAGUUAACUUUUAAUAAUGACAAAAAGAUAGAUGAAGCACAAAAAGAGGACCAUGUGAAACGGAUAAAUACUACUCAAGAUAUACCAUUUGCAGAACCAGAAAUUCAAGAUGACAGAGAGUCAAGUGAAAAUGAAGAAGGUUUGAAAACAUAUGGUCGGAAUAAACUAUCUGAAGAGGAGAAGAUAAAAACUGUAACACUAUUAAGGCAGUCCAGAAGACUUGAGCAUCAGGCGGCAGAAAGUGAAUUGACAAAAAGAGUUCUGAGGAGUUCUGCAAAAGCAACUUCUAAAACAAAAGCUGUAAAGCAACAAGUGAAAACAAAACAACCUUUAGAUGAUCCUGAACUUGAACAGAUGGAGGACGUUAUGGAGACACACACUGAAACUACUGUAGAAGAGGAAAUUGAGUCAGUAAACAUCAACACUGAAACUGAACACAAGAAAGCAGUUGAAUUAGAGGUUGAAGGAAAAGCACAAUGGCAGUGUGCUGCAGAAACUGUUAAAGAGCAGGAGGAGGAACCAGCCUCAGAAACAGGACUAACAGAGGAUAACUCAGAAGAAGCCACAUCAGAUUUUAAACUGCAAGAGGUUGCCGUUGUGAUUAUGGAUUGUGACAAAGACUAUGCAAAAAGUACGGAUCCUGGUAAAGGUGUUCAGAGAACUUCACAUCCACAGAAGAAGGUAGAUCUGGAACUUCACAUGCAUAGUACUGAUACAGAAUCUCAGGCUGAACACACAGAAAAAAAGUGUGAAACAGAUGAAACGGUGGAGAGUGAGGAAGGUGUUGUACUGAAUGAUGAUGACAGAGUUCCAAAGGCGGUUGUUACUGAUGAAGAAAACAUGGAAGAGGUUCAAAAAGAAACAGACCCUGCUCAAGAAAUACCAGGUGAGAAACCAAAAAGUCUGCAUCUCAUUGGGUCAAGUGAAGAGAAUGAAGAUGAGACAUCAGUUGUUCCUGUUAAACUGGAAGAAUGGGAAGAGAAUGAGGCAACCUCGGUAACUCCAUUAAGACGCUCUCCAUUAAGACAGCUCAAAGAUCAGGCUGCAGGGAGUGAACUGACUAAAAAUGUUCUCAGGAGAUCAGCACAAUUGACAAACCAAGCAACUCCACAACAAAGACAAAUCAAAGCCAUGAUACAUUUAGAGGAUCCUAAACAACGAGUUGAGUCUAAGAAUAAUGAGAUGAACAUUAUUUUAGGGUCUGAGGUUGCAGUAGGAGGGCACAUGGAGUCGGAAACUGUACAUGUGUUUGCUGAAAAUGAUCCAAAAAAUAGGAUUUCAGUUGUACAGAACACCUGUGAAGAGGGAAUAAGUUUGGAUAAGGUUUAUAUAGAAGCUGAAGAUCAUGAGAACCCAAGGAAGUCCAAUGGAAAUGAUGUUGAAAAUGUAAGGAAAGAAAAUUUUACAGAACAAGACAAGAUGGCACCUGAGGAUAUAAUACAUGGAGAAACUGAACAAAUCUGCACAUCUGAAUGUGUGAAAGAAGAUGAAGACACAAUACAAGAAGAUAGUGCAGCUACAGAAAUGGCACAUAGAGAGGAUUUAAUGGAAACCACAUCAACUUUGACACUGCAAGAAGCUUCUGUUGUGCUUGUGGAUGUCACAAAUGUUCACCCCAAUCUAACAGGUGAGUUUUGUUCUACUUCUGCAGCGUCUCAGGAGAAGAGGAGCAAUAAGCUUGAACUGAGGAAACAAGCAGUGGAUAUUCCUGAAGAGGUAAAGGAAGAAUUACAGACUGAAGCUGUAGGGUUAGAGAACAUAGAGAAGGUAAAUCCCACUGAAGACAAUCUCUCACAUAUGAAUCCAGCUGCAAAGGACACAGAUGUGGAUGAGAGCAGGGUAGUGAACAGUAUAAUAGAAGAUGAGGCCAGUAAGCUUAAAGAGAAAUACAGUGAUGAAUGUAAGAUGGGUGAAGACUCCAAAACAGAAAAGUUCAUUCUGCAAAAUCCAAGUUUAACAAAAGAAUCAGAUCACAAUGAAUGUUUAGAGACAGCUACACAUGUCCAGUGCAUCUUGCAUCAUAAUAAUACUGAACAGAAUGAUGAACUGGCCACAGAUUUGGCACCAGAAGAAGUCAGGGAGAAGGGAGUUGAGUCCACUUCUAUAUUUACACUACAUCAAUCUGACUUGCAUAUGGAUUUCCAAAGGCAAUCAAGUGAAAAUGAGACAGAUGGAAAUGAAACAACACAGCCACAGAAAGGAGAAAUGCUAAUCAAGGAUAAUGCUGCAAAUGAAGAUAAGGUAUUGGUUGAGAUGAAUGUAACAGAACCUGUAACAGAAAGAAAAGAUGAAGAAGGAGCCAAAGAAGCAGCAGCAAUAGAACUGGGAAUGGAUAACACACUCAUUACAAACAAUGGACAAGAUGGGGAUAUUCUUGCAGAAGAAGAUGUGAAAGGUGAUUUGAAAGAAACAGAAGACACUACCUUAAAAUGUAAAUAUGCUUCAGCAGAACUGGCUUCAAAAAAAACUCUGGUAGAAUGUCACCAAAUAACAACAUCUGUUCAAGGUGUCAGUGUCCAGGAAAACAGAAAUCUCAGACCUAGUACUGUCAUAGUAAAGUCUUUACAUUUCCAAAAUGUAUGCAAAGAAACAAAAGUAAAUAAAAACACAGAAGCGGAGAUCUCAGAUGAAGAAGAUGAAACUGUAUUCAUAAGACACCUCAGAGGAAGAACAGUAACAGUAACACCAAGAAGAAGUUCUAAACGUAUCACAGACACAAAUGUUGUUGAGCUGGAUAUGGAGGGACAUGUGACUAAAUUUUGUCAUGAAAUAGUAGCAGUGCAAAGCACUGAAGAAUCCAGGACUGCUGUAAUAGAGAUACAUGAGACCAAUUCAAAAUACGACAAUAAGGAAAUACCAGCUGUCUCUGGAGCAGAAAGAAAAGACCAGCAGCAAGAUAAAGAUAAACCUGGUAUUGAUGUAGAUAAGGUGGAGAAUGUGACUGAUGGAAGAAAAGAUGUGGUAGAAGAAACAGUUGUUCAUAAGGAGGUAGAAACAAAAGAAGGGAAAAUUCUAGUAGAAGUUGAUCUGCCAGAGGAGAAUCAGGAGAAAGAAGUAAGAAAUGCAAAUUCCAAACAGGAAAGUGACCAACAAGAUAAUGCCCUGGAGGAAAUGUUGCUUGAGAAAACAUUUGAAAAAGAACAUAGUAAAAAAAUAAAAGAAAAAUGCUUUGAAGAAGCAAAAGAUAGCACUAUAAAUACAUUGAUUACCAAAGGUGUUCAUGAUCAAGAUGCCGAAGGUGUUGAAAUAAAGGCCUUAAGAAAACGAACAAUAACAAUCAAACCUGCCCCUGUCAGGAAAUCCAAACAAUUCUGCAGACAAGAUCAAGGUGAAAAUGAAGGGCAAACACUUGUGUGGGCAAAUAAUCAACAUUCUGCAACUGUAGAUGCAACAGAAAUGGAGGUGGCCGAUGUGAAGUCACAAGAAGAAAAUAAAACCACUGAUCAAGGAAAAGCUGAAGAAAUAAAGGGCACCAAUACUGUAGGUCAGGAAAUCUCCCAUAAAGAUGAGGACCAGGGAAACACAAGAGAGGAAGAAACUUAUAGAAAUGCAAAUAACAGACAAGAAAUCACAGUGACAGAAAAUAAGUCAAAGUUUCUAAACAUGUCAGAAGAGGUUACGCAUACCAAGAUAGUGGCACAAGAAAUGGACAAAGUUGAGGAGAAAAGGGAAAAACAUUCAGCAACAGAGGAUAUAAUGGAGUCUGUAAACAAUGCAGGCAAAGCUGAUAAAGUGGCUGGAAAACCACAAGAUGUCAAAGAUUCUCAAGAGGAGCAAGAGCAAAGUGAGGAGAAUGCCAAGGAAAUAACUGAAUCCUGGGUAACUCUACAUGAAACAUUCACCUUGGAGCUGGAUAAAGAGAUUGACAGUAAUAACACAGAAUGUAACCAAGUUGUUGAGGAGACCAAAGCUUCAGGUCAGGAAAGUGAAAAAGAAAUCACAGAUACAGAAGAAGAGUAUGGAGUGAUGACAAAAAGGUUCCUUCGGGCUAGGAAAUCAGCAGCAGCUUCACCUGCACAAGGAUCAGCAUGUACAAGAAGAGAAUUGAUGCUAGAUUUUCAGAGUGAAAUUGAAGAUAAGUCAGGGGCAGAGGAGGUAAAAGAGGUGGUUUCAGGUAAAAAGGAAAAGAAACCUCAACAGAAAAGAACAGCCGUAGAUGAGCUAACACCUCGUAGAUCAAAACGGCUUGCAAGAGCAGAAAUUAUGUAAUUUAAGGAGGAAAAAACAUCUUUAGCAACAUGGCUCUAAUAAAAUAAAAGAACAUUUUUUUUUUAAUGCAACUUAAGUUGAAAAUACAAAUUUAAUAUGCAAAAUGUAGUCUAUACUUUUAUUACAUUUUGUUGUUUUAACUUUUUUUUGGCUUUUUUGUGCAUUCAUUUCUUAACAUUCUGCUUCCUCUAUUAAUGAACGUUACUUUAAUUACUGUUACUCACAGACUUGUAAUGAGUUUUCACUUUGUUAUGUACUCUGUACUAUGUAUCUCUAUAUAGCUAUGUUUUUCUUUAUCUUGUCACAAAUGUGGAAGUGGUCACUUUGUAUAUUUGUGCUUAUGGAUAAUAUUCAAUUCCACAGUGUAAUGUUUCAUUUUUUUUAUUUUUGUAAGUAAAUAGUUUUGAAUUGUUGUUUUGAAUUGUUUUAUUUGAAAUGUCUAUUUCAGCUCUUCUAUAGUUAUAGUACAGAUCUAGGCAAAUCUGUAUCUGUAAUGUAACAGUUUCCUGAAAUAUUAAAACAUAAGGAUUAGAAAUGUUCUCUCAUACUGUAUGUGAAGUACACUGCAGGUAAAUAGUGUAGAUGGUCCACUAGUACUUCUUCAGGAUCUUUGAGUAUGCACUUAGUUCUUAGUAUACCAAUUUAACAACUUUGAAACACUUCUUUUAAUCAUAUUAUAUAUUUUAUACUUUUG